AUGACACUUUAUCCCAGGCGGAUUGGAUUAGUAGGUCAACUUGUCGAUGAACUUUCACUGGUGUGGAUCAUCAACAUGUUCCUCGUCGUCUACAUUCCCGUCAUGAAAUGGUUUCCAAAGAAAUUCAGUGAAAGACUGACUAUGCUACGACGAAUGGUAGUCGUGAUGACGGCGAUUUUCUCCGGUUUAUGUUUCCUCGAGCCAACUCUGAACGCUGUCGCUUUGAUGCUUUUCAGUGUUCCAGCCGCAAUUGUCAUACACUACGAAGGCACCCACUCAGGGAUUCCGGACAUCGAGAACUUCCCUCGUAGGACCCUCACACUGUGGUUCACGUCAUUUGGAUUUUGGUUUGCCGAUCGGCUCCUAUGCGACGUUUGGUUGUGGCUCGGCGCCCCUUACCUACACGCACUGUUCCAUCUACUAGCUGGACUUGCUGGAUAUUCCGUAUUCGUGAUGUUCUCCAUGAUCGAUAUCGAAGCAAGGAGCUCCUCUCACAGGUAA